AUGAUCUACAGGGGUGUCAUUGUGCACGGGGUUGCUGGCUGGGGCAUCCUCCAGCACCUGUGCCUCGUCAUAGAGGUGCUGCUGGCCCAGAUCAUCUUGUACGAGCUGUGGUGCCAAGAGGUUCGCCCUCAAACGACGGGCUCGCACCAGGCUGGCCUUGUGCUCGGCCUGAGCGACACGGCCACGGGUGGCCUGAGGGCCGAGGCCAGCCCAGCAAGAAUGGGGGCCGUGCGCGUGCCCGCGCCGCUGCUGGCGGGUCGCACGCGCGUGCCGGCCUGCUGUGCACAGGGCGUGCCACGGGUGCGCGGUUGCUGGCAGGGUAGCUCGGAGAUGGCCGGCCCUGCCGCCGUGGCGGCGGCGGCCGGGCCACUGGGCGUCGUGAGCCAGCGGCCCGCCGCCGCCUGGCACGUCGAGAUCAACAGGCGCAUUGCGCGCUGCCGGAGCGCGGCCGAGGUGCUGGACCUGUGCGGCGCCAGCCUGCAGGACUUCAACGAGGUGAACAUCGCCACUGCCCUGCACCGCGUCGCCCGCCUGGGGGCGGGACAUCGGCGCGGCGACUGAGCGGCGGGGCUGCGGCGGGCGCCGGCAGGCUCUCGCUGCGAGGGAGAGGCACGCCCUCGACCAUCGGCGGGCGAGGGAGCGGAGGGGGCUGCGGCGGGGCUGCGGCGGGGCCGGGGCGACGGAGCGGCGGGGCUGCGGCCGGGGUGGGGCCGCCAUCGCGCCGGGGGCCGCGGCCUGGGCAGACGGGGCGCUCGAGAGGCCGGGGCGCUACCCGCGCGCAGGCUCUGCGGGGAGCGCUGCCGCCGCGGCGAGGACAGGAACAGAGCGAGCUGAUGAGCGAGCUGAUGUACACCAGCUUGGCGGCGCGCAGAUCGCGGAGCACAGCAACGGUACUGACAUAAACUUUCGGAGCUCCGCGCGGAUUUCUCGGAUCCGCGCCAGGGCCCCCCUGGCGGCGCCUCCGGCGCCGCCCCUGGUGCGCUCCGCGCGCCAGGCGGAGGGGUCCAGCCCCGUUCCAAGAAAUCAGCGCGGAGCUCCGAAGUUUCAUGUUUAUGCAGUUUUUGUUCCUCUAUCUGCACGGAAUCUCCCAGCUCGGCGAGGGCCACCUGGACAUGGAGAGAAAUGUCGGAGUGGCCGGCUUCGAGAUGGAUGAUUUCUUUUGGACAAGAGGGAGAAUGUUUGGCGAGGUCGAGAUGGACUUGGACGUGCGUGAUCUGAUGGGGCCGCUGAAAGCGGGAGAGGGAGUCUAUCCGCCACCGAGCAUCCAUUGGGCUCAAUUUCUGACGUUCCGCAUAUCGCACCAGCCCAUCC